CUUAAACAGCAGGAAAUGGCCCCAAACAAGAGGAAUGUCGUCUUAGUAGAUGGCGUCAUACUUAACGGUCCCACAACAGAUCCAAAAGCAGGAGAAAAAUUUGUGGAAGAGGCCUGUCGGUUAAUCAUGGAAGAAGUGAUCCUGAAAGCUCCUGAUGUCACAGAGAAGGUUUGCGAAUGGCAGCCUCCGGAGCAGCUGAAGCAACUGCUUGAUCUGGAGAUGAGGGACACUGGGGAACCACAUCAGAGACUCUUGAAACUUUGCCAGGAUGUCAUCCGAUACAGCGUCAAAACCAAUCACCCAAGAUUCUUCAAUCAGCUGUAUGCGGGAAUUGAUUACUAUUCCCUGGUUGCUCGGUUCAUCACAGAGGCUCUGAACCCAAGUGUUUAUACCUAUGAGGUGUCACCAGUGUUUCUGUUAGUGGAAGAAGCUGUUCUGAAGAAGAUGAUUGAAUUCAUUGGCUGGAAAGAAGGAGAUGGCAUAUUUAACCCAGGUGGCUCUGUGUCCAAUAUGUAUGCCAUGAAUUUGGCUCGAUACAAAUACUGUCCUGAGAUUAAGGAGAAGGGACUCUCCGGGCUGCCCAGACUAGUCCUUUUCACAUCAGCAGAGAGCCAUUACUCUAUGAAGAAGGCAGCAUCUUUCCUUGGGAUUGGUACACAAAAUAUUUACUUUGUGGAGAUGGAUUCAAGAGGUAAGAUGAUACCUGAGGAACUGGAGAAACAAGUCCAACGAGCCAGGAAAGAGGGAGCCGCCCCGUUUCUCGUCAGUGCUACCUCUGGGACAACUGUGUUGGGGGCAUUUGACCCUCUUGAUGAAAUAGCAGAUAUCUGCUCCAGAUAUGGCCUUUGGCUCCAUGUAGAUGCAUCUUGGGGUGGCUCAGCUUUGAUGUCAAGGAAGCAUCGCAAGCUUCUGCAUGGCAUCCACAGGGCUGACUCAGUUGCCUGGAACCCACAUAAGAUGCUUAUGGCCGGAAUCCAGUGUUGUGCUCUUCUCGUGAAAGACAACUCGGACCUUCUUAAAAGAUGCUACUCUGCAAAGGCUUCUUACCUGUUCCAACAAGAUAAGUUCUACGAUGUCAGCUAUGACACAGGAGACAAGUCCAUCCAGUGCAGCCGUCGGCCUGAUGCAUUCAAGUUCUGGAUGACUUGGAAGGCCCUGGGGACGCUGGGCCUUGAAGAAAGAGUGAACCGGGCUCUCGCGUUAGCGAGAUACCUUGUGGAGGAAAUUAAGAAAAGAGAAGGAUUCCGACUGCUUUUAGAGCCCGAGUUUGCAAAUGUUUGCUUUUGGUACAUUCCGCCAAGUUUAAGGACAAUGGAAGAAGGACCCGAGUUCUGGGCAAAGCUGAACCUGGUUGCUCCCGCCAUUAAAGAGAGGAUGAUGAAGAAAGGCAGCAUGAUGCUGGGUUACCAGCCACAUCAGGGCAAAGUCAACUUCUUCCGCCAGGUGCUGAUCAGCCCCCAAGUGAGCCGUGAGGACAUGGACUUCCUCCUCGAUGAGAUUGACCUCCUAGGUAGAGACAUGUAG